GUUUGAUGAAUUAAUUACAAAAAAAAAAAAGAAAAAGAGUAGGAAAAUAAAUUUUUAUAUUUUUUGUACCAGCUAUUUUCAUAACAUUAACUGUUCCAACAAUAUUAUUUUUAUGUUGUGUUUUAUAAUUUGAACUUUGAUUUUAGAAAAUUUUGACGAAAUUUAUUGAUUUUUCUUUAUAAUUUUUUUUUUUUCGAUUUUUUUUUGUCCGUACAUGUGUAUUCGGGAGUACCGUGAUCUAUAUUUGCGAAAUUUUUGUGCAAUUUUUAAUUUAAAGUUCGUUUUAUAUGUACAUACACAUUCAAAUAGACCGGAUGGCAAAUAUGAAAAUUAAUUGUAAAUAUAAUUAUUUGUGUACCUGAAAAUAAAAUUAUAAUAUUAAAAUUUAAUAAAAAAUUUUGUUAUAAAAUAAGAAAAAAAAUUUAUUCGAAAUUAAAAUAAUCUUGUCUACUUAAUAAUUAUUAAUAAUAUUAAUCAAUUAAAUAAUUAAAUUGUUAUACUUAUUCACGACGUACUGAGUGUGCAAAUACAUAACCUCAUAUUUUUCUAAGCACAUACAUGCAUAAUUACUUACCUAAUAAAAUUUAAUAAUUAAUACGUAUAAACACAGUUAAAAAAAAUAUUUAUUAUUAAAAAUUAAAAAAAAAAAAUAGAAAAAAGUGGAAAAAGGAAGAUAACAACGUUCAGCAGAAGAGAGAAAAGAAGGAAGAAAGGAAUUUUUUUUGGCACGAGAUAAUUUGUAUUGUAAAUCAUACAAAAUUUCUUUAGAUAAAGUACAUACGUAAAGCAUAAAUUUAUACUUACAUUUGCAAUUUUUUUUCAAAUUUUAUAAAUUAAAUACUUAAUAUGAAUAGAACAAAGAAAACUAUUGAAAAAGAAAAAAAUCCAGUAAAUGAUGCCAAUUUUCUAUCAAAAUGGACUUUUUGGUGGGUUCGUAAAUUGUUUCGGAAAGGUUUUAGUCGACCGUUAAAAGAAGAAGAAUUAUAUGAACGUAUUCCAUCAUUGGACUGCGAAAAAGUUACAGAGAAGUUCGCAAAAUUAUGGGAGGAUGAACUAAAAAGAAAAAAUCCUAGUGUUAUACGUAUGAUUUUUCGUGCUUAUGGCACAUCAUUUAUGGUAUAUGCUCUACUAUUUGCUUUUUUAGAAUCUGCAACCAGAGCUGCUCAACCAAUUUGCCUUGGUGCUUUAGUGUCUUAUUUUGCGCAAAGUGACGAUGAAAACAAAAUGACCAAAAGAGAUGCGUAUUUAUAUGCAACCGGAAUAGUAUUAUCAUCAUUAUUGCCAGUUUUAACAUUCCAUCCCUUUAUAUUUCUAAUUUUUCGUAUUGGAACGAAAAUUCGAUUAGCUUUAUCAGGAUUAAUAUACAAUAAAAUUUUAAAAAUAUCGAAAACAGCAACAAAUGAUGGUUUAAGUGCACGUGCCAUUACCAUUUUAUCAAAUGAUUUAGCAAAAUUUGAUUUAGCUUUAGGAUUCAUACAUGAUUUAUGGAAAGGACCGGCAGAAGCGUUACUUCUUGGUUAUAUAGCAUAUUUGCAAAUGGGUGUAUCAGCAGUCAUUGGUAUAGGUUUUAUGUUGAGUUUUAUUCCAUUACAAGCAUGGGGUGCUAAAAAAGCUGCACAAUAUCGUUUAAGCACCGCAAAAAGAACUGAUUUUAGAGUUAAAUUAAUGAAUGAAAUAAUUCAAGGUAUACAAGUUAUAAAAAUGUAUGCUUGGGAAAAGUCUUUUGCCUAUAUUGUCGGUGAAACACGAAGAAAAGAAAUUAAAGCUAUUCGAGGAACUAUGAAGGUCUAUGCAUCUUUAGCCACAACAGCAAUGAUUUCAAAAUUUUCCAUAUUUUUAACAUUGAUUUCUUAUAUUUAUUUAAGUGAUGAAGCUAUCAAUGCUAAGAAAGUUUUUAUAAUUUCAACAAUAUUUUUUGUACUAAAUGAUUCUCUAGUACAUUUUUGGCCCAUGGCGAUAACAUUUUGUGCAGAGGGAUAUAUUUCAGCAAAGCGUGUAAAAGAAUUUCUUUUAGAAGGUGAUGAAAUGAAGCCCGACAAAAAUGAUAAAAUAGUACAAAAUGGAAACAUUUCCGAAACGAAUACUUCCAACGGAUUUGCUAAACAAGAAGUGUCGCUAAAUGGUUUUCGACAAAGUCACAGAAUGUUUAAUGAAACAUCUCAAAGUAAAGGUGUUUUGUUUGAUAAAGUUUUUGCAUCUUGGUGUUCAGAUAAUGAAGUAGCAAACCAUUCUACAACUUUAUCCGACAUUAGUAUUGAUAUAAAGGAAAAAAGCUUAGUUGCAAUUGUUGGUUCUGUAGGUGCAGGAAAAUCAUCUCUUUUGAAUGCUAUUCUUGGAGAAAUGGAACUAACGGAAGGAAAUUUAAAAAUUAAUGGAAAAUUGAGCUAUUGUUGUCAGGAACCGUGGCUAUUCGAAGGUUCCAUUCGUGAUAAUAUUGUAUUCAUUGAAGAAUAUGAUGAAAGACGAUACAAACAUGUGAUUAAAGUUUGCGCUUUACAAAGAGAUUUAGAUUUACUACCACAUGGUGAUUCAACUAUAGUUGGCGAACGCGGUAUUAGUUUAAGUGGAGGACAAAAGGCUCGUGUUAAUUUAGCUCGCGCUGUAUAUAGAAAAGCAGAUAUUUAUUUGCUAGAUGACCCAUUAUCGGCUGUGGAUGCGCAUGUUGGAAAACAUAUUUUUGAAAACUGUGUUCAAGAAUUUUUGAAGGACAAAAUAUGUAUUUUAGUUACACAUCAAUUACAAUACUUAAAAAAUGUUCAACAUUUAGUUUUAAUUAAUUCUGGGAAAAUUCAAGCUAAAGGCAGUUAUAAGACAUUGAAAGAAUUAAAUGAAUUCAGCUUUUUAACUCAAGCUCAUGACGAAGCUGGAGAAACAGAAAGUAUUCAUUCAUCUAUUAGUUCAAAAAGUGAAAGUGAAAAGAAAAUUGAGUUAAUUCAGAGGUUGACAAGUGUUCAAGAAAAUGAUCAGGGAGAGAAUCGGAAAGAGAAACAGGAAAUAGGAGCAGUUAAAUUUGAUGUGUAUAAAUCAUACUUCAAGGCACUAAAUAAUUUGUGUUGGUUUUUAACUGUAGCUUUACUAUUUAUUUUUGCGAGAGCUGUACUUAGUGCUGUGGAUUAUUUUAUUUCCAGAUGGGUAAUCUGGGAAGAAGAAGUCGCGAAAAAUGGAAGUACUGUAGAAAAAUUUACUUUUGACAUUGUAGGUGAAGGCUUCGGAAAAAAUGGAACAGAAGCAGAUCAGGUGGAAAAGGAAAGAAUAAAUCUUGUAAUAAUUUAUUCAGGUCUUCUUUGUGCCACUUUAAUAUUAUUUAUAACUCGGACUUUUGGGUUUUUCUUUAUGUGUUUGAGAAUUUCACUAAAACUUCAUGAUAAACUAUUUAUGGGUGUAACUAGGGCUACAAUGUAUUUUUUCAAUAUGAAUCCGUCUGGAAGAAUUCUAAAUCGAUUCUCGAAAGAUAUGAGCGCUGUCGAUACUACUUUACCGAUGUCACUGAUUGAUUGCCUGUUAUUCUUUACUGAUGUUUUUGCAAUUCUAGUGAUGGUGUCAGUAGCAAACUAUUGGCUUUUAAUACCAGCCAUUUUAAUGGGAUUUCUUUUUUACUUUCUUAGAUGCAUUUACAUUAAUACCAGUCGAAGUAUUAAACGCAUUGAGUCCAUGAGUCGAAGCCCUAUUUACUCACAUACAAAUCAAACUUUUCAAGGGUUAACUACAAUUAGAGCCUUAUGUGCUCAGAAAGAGCUAAUAAAAGAGUUUUAUGAGCACAAUAACAACAAUACAUCGGCAUGGUAUUUGUUUUUAGCAACAACCAGAGCUUUUGCUUUGUGGCUAGAUUUUCUUUGUGUAAUAUAUAUUGCUACAGUUACUUAUAGUUUCUUGUUGCUUGAAGAUCAAUUUUAUAGUGGUGAUGUUGGACUCGCUAUAACUCAAUGUAUCUCAUUAGUUGGCACAGUUCAAUGGGGAAUGAGACAAACAGCUGAACUUGAAAACCAAAUGACUAGUGUCGAAAGAAUAUUUGAGUAUGUUAAUGAAAAAUCAGAACCACCACUGGAAAGUACAGCUGAAAAUCGUCCUAAAGAAACUUGGCCACUUUAUGGAAAAAUAGUUUUCUCAGAUUUUAAAUUGAAAUAUUCUGACGACGGUGAAUAUAUUUUAAAAAAUUUGAACUUUGAGAUUCAACCGCGAGAAAAAAUCGGAAUUGUUGGAAGGACAGGUGCUGGAAAAUCAUCUAUUAUACAAUCAAUAUUUCGACUAGCUUGUAAUGAAGGUGAAAUUAAAAUUGAUGACAUUGAUAUUAGUCGAUUAGGUUUACAUGAUUUAAGAAGUAAAAUAUCAAUAAUCCCACAAGAUCCUGUGCUGUUUUCUGGCACUUUAAGGUAUAACUUGGAUCCAUUUGAAAAAUCAAGUGAUGCUGAAUUGUGGAGUGCAUUACAAGAAGUAGAGCUAAAAGAGUAUGUUUCUUCAAUGACUGAUGGUUUGAAUUGCAGAAUGUCAGAUGGUGGUUCUAAUUUUAGUAUGGGACAACGACAAUUAGUUUGUUUGGCAAGGGCUAUUCUGAGGCAAAACAAAAUUUUGAUUUUAGAUGAAGCUACUGCUAAUGUUGAUCCAGAGACUGACAAAUUGAUACAAAAGACGAUUCGUACAAAAUUUGAACAUUGUACAGUUUUAACUAUUGCACAUCGAUUACAUACUGUAAUGGAUAGCGAUAGAGUGUUGGUAAUGGAUGCUGGUCGAGCUGUAGAAUUCGGUCAUCCAUAUGAAUUAUUACAGGAUUCAAAUGGAUUUUUAAAGAAAUUGGUAGAUCAAACAGGGGUAGAAACAUCAAAUAUAUUAAUACAAAUGGCGUCAAAUAGUUAUCAUGGGAAAACCUGAAGCUAGCUCAAAAGUACAAUUAUAUCACUUAGGUCAAUUAUAAUUAUUUAAAUAUUUUAACGAAUUUAAUUUAUAAUUAAAAUUUUGUACUUAAGAAACUAAGAAUUUUAAGUAAUAUUAAGUAUAUAGAUAUUACCAAAGUAUUCCAAUAUUACCUAGAAAUCUUUUUUAUACAUUCACAUUAUUUUAAGCCUUAUUAUAAAUUCUAAAUAAAUUAUUGAAUUCGAAUUGUCUUUCGAAUGUUGUGAUUUUAAAAAAUAUCUUAUUAAAAUGUACUUAAAAACAAAAGUACUAUUAAUAAUUAAAACAAAACUGUUCAACAUAAUUAUUAUGAUUAUGGCGGCAAUAAAAUGUGAAAACUAAAGCAAAACUAUAAAAUUAUGUUAAAUACGUAACUAUGUAAUAUGUUGUUUGUUGCUAUGCAUUAUAUAACAGUAUACUAUUUUGAUUACUAUUCAAUAUUUGGAUAAUAGUUGUGUAAUAAAUGGCAAAUUAAAUAUUUAUAUAAGCUAAAUAAAACAAGAUUCAUAAUAAAGACAUAA